AUCUUGUGAAAUUAGCAGGGCUUCUGUUGACAUCAUUGGCUGCUUGGUACUUGGGAUGCUUAUUCGCUGCUCUCAUACCCAAACAGACAACAGCAGCAUCUGUUACUAAUCUUCAAGACAUUGGAAUGAAACCAGUGUUGAGGGCCCCAGUCCCAGAAAGGCAGAAGUGUGAUCGCUGGUCUCCCUGCGCACCUGGGAACUAUGGCUAUUGGAUUCUUAGUGGUGGUGGCAAAGGAAAGCUGCCUGAAAUUUGUUUUGAGGAUGAGCUGCUUAUAAGCAAAGAGAAGGGUAAUGUUGGAAGAGGUAUAAACAUUGCCAUUGUGAGUUAUAAAACAGGAAGAGUUACAUCAGCAAAAUUUUUUGACAUGUGGGAAGGAGACCACUCAGGAGAGAUGACGACUUUCAUUAAAAAUACACCAGAAGGGUCCCUCCUUUUGAUGGUGACCUACGAUGAUGGAAGCACCAGGUUGAAAAAUGACACCAAAAAACUAGUAGAAGAGCUGGGAAGUAAAGAAAUAUGGAAUAUGAAGUUCAGGUCAAGCUGGGCUUUUAUAGCUGCCAAAGGCUUCAAGCUGCCGGAUAAUAUCCAAAAAGAAAAGAUAAAUCACUCUGAUAAGAAGAAGAACAAAUACGGUGGUUGGCCAGCUGAAAUCCGAAUAGAAGGCUGUAUCCCAAGAAACCUGAUCUGA